AUGGGAAGCAUCGAGGUUCAAUUCGCGGAUAGCACCUCGUAUCUGCAACCACAGACCAACACGGAGGAUUGCUUCCUAGAUGAUCUCAUCAGUCGACAUGCUCUCACCCGUCCUCAACAUCCAGCUGUUUGUGCAUGGGACGGGGUGCUCACAAUGUGGAGUAAAACCCGGGAUGCUGGUUGCCAUGCACUGGGGAUGGGUAACAGUGCGAUGCUCAAUACGGGAAUCACCUUUCCUCCAUCACAGACAGAUGAUAGUGACGAGUGUGAUAAUCAAGAAAGGAUUGCCUUUCAUGAGAUGGAACGGAUUGAUCCGUCCGAGUUCGACAUUGUAGUCGAGGUAUGCAACCAUGACGGACGGAACUCGUGCAUUCUAAAGUACUGGGACAGCUGCCUGUCUGAAAAGCAAGCCGCAGAUGUGGCGAGCACCUGUAGUACAGCUGUAUCGGGACUACUGAAACAGAAACAGCAGACGGUGGCGCGGUUAGAUUUGUCUAGCGAUCAUGAUCAAGGUCAAAUUGCUCAGUGGAAUAGGAAUAUAUUGAAUACGAUUCAACAGUGUGUUCAUGAGCUCAUCCAACAACGCAACGGGGCCCAGCGCGACGCAGUGGCCGUGGAUGCAUGGGACGGCCAGUUUACAUAUGGGGAGCUGGAUGAGCUAUCAACCCAGCUGGCGCUCCACCUAAGGUCUCGAGGCAUCGGGCCCAAGACCAUAGUACCGCUUUGCUUUGCAAAAUGUCGAUGGAAUCCAGUUGCCGCACUGGGCGUCAUGAAGGCCGGCGGCGCCUUUGGACUACUGGAUCCGGCGCAUCCAGAGCAACGUCUUCAGGACAUGUGUGCCCAGCUUGGAGCCCAAUUCAUCAUCGCGUCGGAAGAUUUCCAGAACCUGGCCGGCCAUCUGGCUUCUGAAGUUCUAGUGCUUGGGAAUGAGCAGGCUCAGUUGUGGCAAAACACUGGACCAAACCCGUGA